AAAACACCAUGGUAUUUCGUUAUUCUCCUUCGUAUGGUCAACAAAACGCUGCGUACUGGCGAAUCUUUCUCGGGUUACAUGUUAUAUUUGCACUUGUGCAUACGGCAGUCUCAACAUCUCCGGAAGAUCCCGUGAAAUGUGUGUCAGGAGAUACGAAUUGUCGCGUCACAAACUCAUACGGAGUCUUCCCGGACCGGUCCACAUGUCGAGCCGCUAACGUGGCGUACCCAACAACCGAAGCCGAGCUUGUCUCUGUCGUGGCAGCAGCCACAAAAGCCAAAAGGAAAAUGCGUGUAACCACUCGAUAUUCCCAUAGCAUCCCUAAGCUCGCGUGUACGGACGGAACCGACGGUUUGUUCAUAAGCACAAAGUUUCUAAACCGCGUUGUGCGAGCCGAUGCAAAGGCUAUGACCCUGACGGUUGAGAGCGGCAUGACACUUAAACAGUUGAUCGCCGAAGCAGCUAAGGUUGGAUUGGCGUUGCCUUAUGCACCAUAUUGGUGGGGACUGACCGUGGGUGGUAUGAUGGGAACCGGUGCUCAUGGGAGCUCAUUAUGGGGUAAAGGGAGUGCGGUCCAUGAUUAUGUGAUAGAGAUCAGGAUGGUUAGUCCUGGCUCGGUAAACGAUGGAUUUGCAAAGGUUAGAGUAUUAAGCGAGAGUACGAAUCCUGUGGAGUUUAACGCGGCUAAGGUUUCUCUCGGCGUUCUUGGAGUUAUCUCCCAGGUGACUUUUAAUUUACAGCCGAUAUUCAAAAGAUCGUUAACAUAUGUAAUGAAGAACGAUUUGGAUUUUGAUGAUCAUCCCCUGACAUUCGGGAAAAAACAUGAGUUUGCAGAUUUUGUAUGGUUACCGAGCCAAGGUAAAGUUGUAUAUCGAAUGGACGACCGAGUGACUGUCAACACAACGGGCAACGGUUCGUAUGAUUUCUUGCCGUUCCGUUCCCAACUCUCUGUGGUACUAGCCACCAUAAGAUCAUCAGAGGAGAAGAAUGAGAUAUUCAGAGAUGCGACUGGGAAGUGUGCGGAAGCCACAUUAAUCUCAUCGACACUAUUUGGUAGCUCCUACGGUUUGACAAACAAUGGUAUUGCAUUCACCGGUUAUCCGGUCAUCGGAAGCCAAGACCGUAUGAUGUCGUCAGGAUCAUGUCUAGAUAGCCUUCAAGAUGGGUUAACCACGGCGUGUGCAUGGGAUUCGCGUAUAAAAGGGGAAUUUUAUCAUCAAACAUGCUUCAGUAUUCCUCUCACGCAAGUCAAAAGUUUCAUCGCCGACAUCAAAUCUCUUGUCAAAAUCGAUCGGAAAUCUCUAUGUGGACUUGAACUUUAUUACGGUAUUCUAAUGCGUUAUGUCACGGCCUCUCCGGCUUAUCUUGGGAAAGAUACGGAAGCCAUAGACUUUGACCUAACAUAUUACCGAGCCAAAGACCCAUUAACACCGCGCCUUUAUGAGGAUUUUAUAGAAGAAAUCGAGCAAAUUGCGUUGUUCAAGUAUAAUGCAUUACCACACUGGGGUAAGAACAGAAACGUAGCAUUUGAUGGAGUGAUUAAAAAGUACAAGAACGCACCAGCGUUCUUGAAAGUGAAGGAGAGUUAUGAUCCGGACGGUUUAUUCUCGAGCGAGUGGACUGAUCAAAUCCUAGGGAUCAAAGGAAACGUGACGAUUGUAAAAGAUGGAUGUGCAUUGGAGGGAUUGUGUAUAUGUUCGGAGAAUGCUCAUUGUGCUCCGACCAAAGGCUAUAUGUGCCGACCGGGAAAAGUCUACAAAGAGGCUAGGGUUUGUACACGUGUCGGUGACAUAAACGCAUAAGUGUACUGGUUCAACUAGUAAGUUUAUAAACAAAAUCUUCGUU